AUAGUUAAUGAAAAGAAAUUUCUAAGCUAUAUAUCAAGGAUUCAUCAAAGUUCACCUUAUUCAACGAACAGAAUCGUCCCAUCAUUUCGAAUGAUGUAUCCAUGCAUCUCCAACACAGUAAAUGACAUCGUGCACGAAACCACGUGUACCACAGCGACCACAAAAAUACAUUUCACCAUAGUUCGACUGCGAAAUCAUAAAUUAGGAUCGCAAACAACCUUGAGGAUCUUAAUGAAAUCUUUAUCAUGUACCUAUAAUAUUUGCGAAAUGAGAUAUUAUUGAGAUAUUAAUUCACAAAGGUGAAAACUAACCCAUUAACGGUCGGAAUUUUUAUUUAAUUUCAGUUUGAAAUUUUGUUAAUUGAAUCUACAAUUUUAGGUUGAGAAACAUGAGUUUUACUGUUAAAUAUUUGUUUUUAAAAUAUCCUGGUGCAAAUUAACCUAAAUUGCCCCACGAGAUCUUAGAGCGCCACUUCAUUUUUUUUCUUUUUCCAUCAAGAUUUGCCAUAAGGGCAAAAUUCCUGGACAAUUCUACCCUAGUGAUUCAUGGGUACCGCAAUUUGCCAGGAGAUAAGCUUCGAGGCAGUGAUGAGACAAAUGAUAACAUAAUCAGAGACGGACAUCUAGUCUACCUACUUCAAAUUUUCUUUCUAUUUUAAUAUUCUUUUGCACGACUUUGCCAGGAGGGCAAACCCAUGGGCAGAAUUGAUUGACAAAGUACGACGUUCCUUAUGGGUCAAAGUGGUGGUACCUACAACCGUACGCUUUAUACGUCGAACGUAAUGUUCGAACACUCAGUCUUUCGCUUUCUCUGCGUCCGCGAGCUGCUCGAUCGGUCACUUAUUUCACGUGCUUUCGAGCGUGGUCCACGAGAGUGUCCUUUUUGGGGAACGUCGGACAAAACCCAUCACGAUAUUGUGAACAGACUGUUCAAGAGGAAGUAACCAGGAACAAUAAAAAUUUGCUGGCUCGUUUGCCAUUAAACAAAGUUAUAAUGCCACCUCUUAGGGCCACCGUCAUACAAACACACUUAAGCGAACACAAAUUAUGGUACCACUGCAGAUAAUGUCAACUCAAUGAUCAAAAAGAUUUUCGUUCGGAAAAUUCUGCAAAAAUUCGAAUACAAAAAUGACACUCGCAACAGUGACUUCGGUGGCGAUAAAAAGUGCCACUAUCCUUCUGGGUAAAGUGGCUAUAGUUCCUAUUCUGAUAGCGGCACUUGCAUAUUUUAAUUACGACCUGAUGGAUCCUGAAAAUCAGCCAAAGGUUACGAAGCAACUGAGAAGAGAGUAUGACUUUGUGGUUGUGGGUGGAGGAUCAGCUGGAAGUGUGGUAGUGAACAGACUGACGGAAAAUCCAGAAUGGAACGUGUUACUGUUGGAAGCUGGAGGACAGGAGACAGAGAUAACUGAUGUUCCAAUUUUGUCUAUCUAUUUACAUAAGAGUAAAUUGGACUGGAAAUAUAGGACACAACCUCAGGAUUCGGCUUGCCAAGCCAUGGUGGAUCGACGAUGUUGCUGGACUAGAGGAAAGGUCCUUGGAGGUUCAAGCGUUCUAAACACAAUGCUAUACGUCCGAGGAAAUCGACGAGAUUUCGAUCAAUGGGAAAGUUUCGGAAACCCCGGUUGGGGUUACGAAGACGUUCUACCCUACUUCAAGAAAUCCGAAGAUCAAAGAAAUCCCUAUUUGACUCGUAACAAAUAUCACGGUGUUGGAGGAUAUCUGACGGUUCAAGAUUCGCCUUACAACACCCCCUUAGGAGUAGCCUUCCUGCAAGCCGGCGAGGAGAUGGGCUACGACAUCGUCGACAUAAACGGCGAGAAACAAACAGGCUUCGCAUUUUUCCAGUACACCAUGCGAAGAGGCACAAGAUGCAGCGCCGCUAAAGCAUUCGUCAGACCCAUACAACUCCGGAAAAAUUUCCACCUAUCCCUAUGGAGUCACGUUACCCGAAUUUUAAUACAACCUGGAACCAAAAGAGCCUAUGGCGUAGAGUUCAUCAGAGAGGGUCGCAAGGAAGUGGUCUACGCCCGAAAAGAAGUGAUCCUUUCCGCAGGUGCCAUAAACUCCCCCCAGCUAUUAAUGUUAUCAGGAAUUGGACCUAGGGAACACCUGCAGGAAGUCGGAGUUCCGGUGGUCCAGGAUCUGCCAGGUGUCGGGCAGAACCUGCAGGACCACAUAGCCGUAGGAGGUUUAUCAUUCCUCAUCGAUUACCCUAUCAGUACCGUGAUGCACCGUCUGGUGAACCUCAACUCGGCUCUACGAUACGCCAUCACCGAAGACGGCCCACUGACCUCAAACAUCGGACUGGAGUCGGUCGGCUUCAUCUCCACCAAGUACGCCAAUCAGAGCGACGACUGGCCAGACAUAGAAUUCAUGCUGACCUCUUCGUCGACCAGUUCCGACGGUGGUACCCAGGUGAAAAAAGCUCACGGAUUGGCUGAUGACUUCUACAACGAGGUGUUCGGGAAGAUAAACAGUCGUGAUCUCUUCGGGGUGUUCCCUAUGAUGCUCAGGCCCAAGUCUCGUGGAUUCCUUAAACUGAGAACGAAGAAUCCUCUCGACUAUCCUCUGUUAUAUCAUAAUUACUUGACUCAUCCCGAUGACGUGAAUGUAUUGAGGGAAGGGGUGAAAGCAGCCAUAGCUUUUGGCGAAACUAGCAGCAUGAAACGGUUCGGUGCCAGGUUUCACAGUAAACCACUGCCCAACUGCAAGCACAUCCCUCUGUUCACCGAUGAGUAUUGGAACUGUGCCAUACGUCAGUAUACCAUGACCAUAUAUCACAUGAGCUGCACUGCGAAAAUGGGACCCUCCACUGAUCCCAUGGCUGUCGUGGAUCCUGAGUUAAGGGUCUACGGUGUGGCUGGUCUGAGAGUCAUCGAUGCUUCCAUCAUGCCCACCAUUACUAAUGGGAAUAUCAAUGCGCCUGUGAUUAUGAUAGGAGAGAAGGGUGCGGAUUUGAUUAAGAAACAAUGGUUAUCGAGACGAAAAAGGGACAAUGUCACGAUAAUUUGA